AUGCUAAAAUUACAAGUAACUGUUGGAUCUUCGUACGAUCCGUCGACACACUUUAUCUUCCUUCCUAAUGAUGAUGCAAAUCCUUUUUUUAUUGAUACGGAAUACUUCAUAGGAAGAAUUUGUGUUCGUGUUAGAGAUUUUAAAGGUGUACCUCCACCUGAAAAAAAAAUUCUAUCAUCGAGUCCUUACUUUAACGGAAACAACUAUCAAUAUUCUAUACAAAUUCAAGGAAGGUUUAAAGGAAAUAAAUGGACGGCUGAUGAUAUUCUCUUUGGGAACGAUUUCGAUUGCAAGAUUAAUUUACCUGCCAUUAGUUGGUUAGGGUUGAAAAUAUUGGAAUGGAUUGAUCCUGCUUUAGAAGCUGAUAUUUAUUCUGAUAAACCUUGGGCUUAUAGUCCGUUACUUUUUACUACUAAUUCUGCUCGUGUUGUUCAAGAUUCAAAUGACUGUAAUGAUUUACCUCCAUGGCCUUCUCCAAACGGUGAACAUCUUAAGGAUGAUACUAUUUAUGAUCCUAUUAUUGGAUCAUUGGUUGCCACUGAUGUAACUUCACGUAAACAAUAUUUUUCUUCAAAGGAAAAUCGUAUGAAUUUUAAAAUUACUGAGGAUCAAGUUUGGGAUUUUGAUUUUUUUAAUUCGUAUAUAGACUUCAAUAAUAUCACAGUAAAGUUACCUGGACUUAAAGUAGGUGUGUUACAGUAUUGGGAUGGUCAAACACGCGAUUCUUCUGUAGUCUUCUUUGUCGUGGUAUUUCAAUUAAUAGAGGUGAACGACGAAAUGAAUGAAACGAAUUUUAUUGAAAUUAAUGAAAAAUUGAUCCCUGAAGAGAUUAAGAUGGAAAAAAAUGCAAUAUCUACACCAACAUAUGUUAAAUAUCAAAAACAAUGCCAAGGAACGUUAACACCAAAUUCAGUCGCAAGAUGGGCAUCAGUUAAGUCACCAUCAUCAAAGAAGAAUUUAACUCCUUACAAGCCUCUAGUUUCUUCUCCAUUCGAAUCAAAUGCUUCUUCAAGUGAUGAAAUAAUUAGCGAUGAUGAAUUCGAUUUCGAACAAUCUUCUGUUGAUUGA